AUGAAACUCGAUUGGGAAGACCCUUACGUGAUCAGCCGGUCUAGGGGCAGAGGAAGCUACACACUUGACACCCUAGAAGGGAAGGAGAUUCUAAGACAAUGGAAUGCCUAUCACCUCCGAAGAUAUUACCCCAUGAAGCUUCCGCCUAUCUGA